AUGUCAAUUCGCACGCUCAGAAUCGGCCUCAUCCCCGGUGACGGCAUCGGCAAGGAAGUCAUCCCCGCCGGCCGCCGCAUCCUCGAGGCGCUCCCCGCGUCGCUCAAGCUCAAGUUCGACUUUGUCGACCUCAAGGCCGGCUUCGAGUCCUUUGAGCAGACCGGCUCGGCCCUGCCCGACGCCACCGUCGAUGUGCUGCGCAACGAGUGCCAGGGCGCGCUCUUCGGCGCCGUCAGCUCGCCCACCCACGCCGUCAAGGGCUACUCGUCGCCCAUCGUCGCCCUGCGCAAGCGCCUCGACCUCUACGCAAACGUGCGCCCCGUCAAGACCGUCUUGAACGCCGCCAAGCCCAUCGACAUGGUCAUUGUGCGCGAGAACACCGAGGACCUGUACGUCAAGCAGGAGACGACGCGCGACACCCCCGAGGGCAAGGUCGCCGAGGCCAUCAAGCGCAUCUCCGAGAAGGCCUCGUUCCGCAUUGCCGCCAUGGCCGGCGACAUUGCGCUGCGCCGCCAGAAGAUCCGCGAGAGCUCGCCCAGCAUCCACAGCAAGCCCCUCGUUACCAUCACCCACAAGUCCAACGUGCUGUCGCAGACCGACGGCCUGUUCCGCACCGUCUCCAAGCAAGCCCUGUCCGACCCCAAGUACGCCUCCGUCGCCAUCGAGGAGCAAAUCGUCGACUCCAUGGUCUACAAGCUGUUCCGCCAACCCGAAGACUACGACGUCAUUGUUGCCCCCAACCUGUACGGCGAUAUCCUCUCCGACGGUGCUGCCGCCCUCGUUGGCAGUCUCGGUCUCGUUCCCAGCGCCAAUGUCGGCGAGGGCUUCGCCAUUGGUGAGCCUUGCCACGGCAGCGCUCCCGACAUCCAGGGCAAGAACAUUGCCAACCCCAUUGCCACUCUGCGAAGCGCUGCUCUGAUGCUCGAGUUCCUUGAGGAGCCCGAGGCCGCUGCCAAGAUUUACGCUGCGGUUGAUGCCAACCUGGAGGAGGGCAAGCUGCUCAGCCCUGACUUGGGUGGAAAGGCCACCACUGAUGAGGUCGUUGAGGACAUCCUGAGACGCCUAUAA